AUGAGUUUAAGAAGAACUCGGACGAGAGGAGGAGAAGGAGAAGGAGGAGGAGAAGGAGACCGACGACGACGAAGCCGGCGGCGGCGUUCUUCUUCUCCGGAUGUGAAGGAAGAGAAGAAGAGAAAGAAGGUGAAGAAGGAAGAAGAGACGAAUGGCGAGGAAGAAAACAAAACAAAACCAGAAGACUUGGAUUCAAAAAGAGGACAUCAACAACUUCAUCUUCAUCAACAACAGAAACGACAUAAUAAUACCAACAAUGGAUUUACAGUCACCGUCCCGAACAAGCGCGUGGUAUCUAUUGUCUACCCAGGGUACGAUUGCAUGAACCACAUCCCAGAAAUCAUCGAGAAGUUUGGUGGUAAAGGACAGCUGAUGAAGGCGUGCGAGAUAGGGAAGAGAGAGAGCGCGACGGUAACGAAUACGAGCGCGACUGUUACGAGGAUGAUGAUGGAUGGCAAAAGCAGCGAUGGUGGAGGAGGAGGAGGGAAGGACGAAAACAAAGACGAUGGACUCGUUUCGACGGGGACGAAGGCAUUGGAGAUGAAAUUUCGGGAGAAGGACGCGUUGGCGCUGCCGAUAUACGGGGAGAAGUUGGAUGCGAAAACGCUCGUUUUGAGAGUGUUUAAAUCUUCCUCUUCUUCUUCAGGGAAGAAUAGUAAAAAUGGCGUGCAAGUGGACGCGUUUGCUCGAUGUACGAAACAAAUCGAGUUCCGCGGUCUCGCGGAUUUUCAAUACUGCUCGACGCUCACCGAACGAGAAGAGGAAGAGGAGUUGAGAAAGAAAAUGAAAACGAGAAAGCGGAUAUUCGCGAGCGAUGAGAGUAUGAAUAGAAGGAAAAGUAGUCGAGUGGAAGAUAAGAUGGAGUUCGUGGUGAACGAGGACGAAAUUCGCGCGCCGACGGGAGACGCGGAGGAUCCGUUCAUGUUACGAUUGAAGUCCAAAGCCAUGAGUAGAAAUAAGGAAAGUAGAGGCAUAGAAGGAAAGAAGGAGAAUGAAGUGAAAAAAUUAGUCGUCCCUGGGGAGUUUAAGCUAGUACCGCCGGUAUAUUGUAAAGAGGACGUGCCGGUAGAUUACUUCGAAGAUGGAGAAACGAGAAAGUACAGAGAGGAAUUGACGUUUAUGCCGCAAGGAAAUAACGAAAUUUUAGUCGAUUUCGCAGACGCCACGGUACCGCAAGUUUUACCAAGGAACGUCGAAGCAGACGAACAACGACCGGUGUGGUAUAAGAGUUUAGUCAAAUUGUUCAAGGAACGACCGGUGUGGUCGCCGAGAGGGUUACAAGAGAAACUUCGGUCGAUUGUCCCGGCGCACAUAAGCGUCGACGCGAAACAAACUCGCGCGGAAUUGCGAGAGAUGGCGUAUAAGUUCAACAAUGGUCCGUUUCGUAAACUCUGGAUUUUACGAGGUUUUGAUCCGAGAUUGUCAAAGAAUAACGUCAGGUAUCAACUGUAUGAGAUUAAAUUGCCAAACUCGUGGUACAACAAGAAAGACUCGACGUUAUUUCCGAAGGUUCAAAAAUCGAUUCAACAAUCGAGGACGCAUUUGGAUUACCAUGAAUUUCGCGCGUUGCCGAAAACCAGAUUUCCGAUUUUCUUCAUGGACGAUGUCAUUUUACCGAGCGUCAAGCGAGAGUUUCGUAUGAUUGCAGAGAACAAAGACGAAGAGAAAGUCGACGCGACUGGUGUGUACGCGCACGGUCAAACGGAAUACGGUCCCGAUGGCACGGCGAUCAUUUCCGGGUGUUCCGAAAAAUUUGGUUUCCUCUCCAGACAGGCGAGGACGACAAUUUCUGAGCGCAUAGGCAUUGCCUAUUUGAACGUUUUGAAUGGCAAAGAUCCAAUUGCGGAAGAUAACGUGUGGGUACAAGCGGAAGAGAAAAUACACGCCGCGAAGCAAAAGAGACUCAAAGAGAAAGAACAGUUGGCGGAGGAAGAAGCAUUGGCCAUCGCCGCGGCGUUAGCGACUGGGCGACAACGCAACAGGAAAAAGCAAAAGAAACCGGAAGUGGAAUUGACGAUAAGAAACUCGACGGCGCCUAUACACGUGACAAGUACGAACAUACCCACAUAUUUAGGUCCUGGCGGCUCGAACGUUAUGGCUCUUUCACCCGGUGAGGACGGUUUUGCUGCUCUGAAUGCCAUCUUGGAACGAAAAAUGCGGGAAGCGCCGACAAAGACAACGGAGGAUAAAGAGGAAGAGGAAGUGAAGGAAGAAGAAGAAGAGGAGGAAGAAGAGAAAGAGGAGGAGAAGGAAGAAGAGGAAGAGGAGAAAAAAGAAGAAGAAGAAGAAGAAGAGCCACCUGUGGUUGCAGAAGAAGAAGAAGCUUUUGAAAUUUUCGAUAGCGACUAG